AUGUCUGAGCCAGCUAUGAUAUUAUUCUUACCGUCAACUCGAGGCGGCUUAGCAAGAAUAAUAAACAGUUGUUUGUUCCAUGCAGAGAAAAUAAUAAAUAUAAAUAACCUAAUCAAAUAUUUUGGACUGUUUAUUUUGCAAGGUGCAAUUUCCGUAGUCUCCGGUACAGUAUUUACCAUAGUGAACAGCUGCAGCUUCCCCGUUUGGCCUGGAAUCCUCACCGGAGACAACCUUCCACAACUCAACGGCGGCGGAUUCGCCUUAACCCCAGGAGCUUCUGUCGGGGUAACCGCUCCUGCCGGCUGGUCCGGCCGAAUCUGGGGCCGAACCGGCUGCAAUUUCGACGCGUUCGGCAACGGAAAAUGCCUCACCGGAGACUGUGGCAAAUUACAAUGCUCCGGUGCAGGAGGAGUUCCACCAGCUACACUCGCUGAAUUCACAAUCGGUCAUGGUGGCGCGAUGGACUUUUACGACGUGAGCCUGGUCGAUGGUUACAACGUCCAGAUGGAAAUCAAGACGCAAGGCGGCUCAGGCGAUUGUCAAAACGUGGGAUGCGUUUCAGACCUGAACGUGAUUUGUCCGAACGAGCUAAGGAUUCCUAAUCCUAACGGGGGGAAUGCUGUGGCGUGUAUGAGCGCUUGCGAAGCGUUUAAAAGACCAGACUAUUGUUGCACCGGUGCAUUCAAUAAGCCGGAGACUUGUCCACCCACCCAUUACUCGAAGAUCUUUAAAACAGCUUGCCCCAAAGCGUACAGCUACGCAUAUGACGAUGCUACAAGCACUUUUACUUGUGCCAAUGCUAAUUACUCCAUCAUUUUCUGUCCCAUUAUCGCAUAG